UACACGAAGGGUCUAGCACGUCAGCGACACCGUGCAGUCGCACUCGUUGGCUUUCUGGGCCACUCCUUUGCCGGCCUCAGCCAAACCAUCGAUGAGCUCCUCGACCUCGUCCAGCGUCGGGUCCCAGGCCGUCGACACGGAUUGCUGCGUGAAGCAUUCGCCGUUCGCCGCGUUGUCCGCCUCCGUGUCGUCGAUGAAGGUGGCCGCGACGCCGGGCACACUGAUGGGACAGAGGCACGUCAGCGAGCAGGAAUCGGCAUCCGCCCCUUCCAAUUUGUAGCAGGGCGCGCCCAUGCAGACCUCGACCUCGUUCGAGACCCACUCGUCGAGCUUGCGGUGGCCGCCGCGCACGCCGGCCUUCUUCUUGUCCUCGGUAGCGACCCAGUUGUCGUCGCCGCAGACGCCGUUCUGGGCGCCGGUGUGGAAGGACACGAAGUCGCAGUCCAGGCCGGACUCCUUGCAGAUUUGACCAUCGGUCAAGGCCGUGCACAGGUUCUGGACGCCGGCGUCGUCCAAUUGGCCCAGGUAGUUCGCCAUCACGGCUUCCCGGAACGUCUCCGACUUCGCGAGGAAGACCGACGUGUAGCCCAUGACGAAGGUCGCCGUGAUGGGAUCUUCGGCGUACAUCUCGUCGAUCGUCUCCGGGGCGCACUUGCAGGCUCCCAGGUAAUCAUAUUCUUCGACUCCCGCGCACGUCGUGAGGCCGCACAAAGCAUACGGUUGGGUUCCUGGUUUGGCCGCAUUGCAGUAGACCGUGAGGUCUUGAGAUUGCGUCACGAGGAUGUCGUACACCUCCGCGAUCGUGACCGGUUGGUUGCCCGUGACCAUGCGCGUCAGGCGGGUCACUUCUCUACGACCGGUGGUCGUGGAGGUCGCCGCCCACAUCAUGGAAGAGGUCAGCGCGAUGGCGGCGAUGGCCUUGCGGGCCCGGUUGGCGUUCUGGGGCUCCUCGACGCGGGGAGCCGCCGCGGCGGCGUCGUCCGUGGCGCCGUAUUGCUUCUCCAUGGUGUGUCGUGGCUGCUGCCUUUUGCGGCGGGGCGGGCUACGGGGGCAGCUCGUGGCUUGGCGGGUGGUUGGCGGAUGCCCUUUGCUCUGCUCCUUGGCAGCCUUUGGUAAGACCUCGGGCGGCAGUGAGCAAACUUGCGAGACCGAGC